AGUCUGACAGAGCAGAUCCUGUGAGAGAGGCAGCAGGGAGGCCGACUUUCGUUUGUUUCUUUCCUGAACGUGCGAGUCAGCGACACUUCAUCCCAAAGCCUCUGUCGGAUUUAAAAAACAACAACCUGGAUUUCUCUUUUAAUUCAAGAUUUAUCAUGAAGCUCAUCCUGUUGACAGUGUCGGCGCUGCUCCUGCUGGUAGGAGAGGGUACAGCAGACAGAAUCCUAUCCAGGAGGACCAAGAGGGAGCUUGCCAGUCCUCUCCAUGUUGGUGGCAUCAAGGACCCGAGCGGCUCGUACUGUGAGAGGAGAGGAGGCUGCUGCCCGGGCAGAGACGACCUGUGCACGGUGCCCUACCUGGACACCAUCUGUUACUGUGACCUGUUCUGUAACCGCACCGUCUCCGACUGCUGCCCGGACUUCUGGGGUCACUGUUUGGGCAUAGAGCCUCCUUUCAUUGGCAGCUGCGAAAGAAAUGGAAACAGGUUCCUCACAGGGCAAACAUACAAAGAAAACUGCAAUUUAUGUACAUGUGGGACCACAGGACGAUGGGAGUGUGAGCAGAACGCCUGCCUGAUGGAGUCUGAGAUGAUCAAUGCCGUCAACAGAGGAAACUAUGGGUGGCAGGCAUCAAACUACAGUCAGCUGUACGGCAUGUCUCUGGACGAGGGGAUCCGGUACCGUCUGGGCACACAGAGACCCUCCAGGACCAUAAUGAACAUGAAUGAGAUCCAGAUGAACAUGGAUCCUCAGAGUGAGAGUCUGCCACUCUACUUCAGCUCAGCAGAGAAGUGGCCCGGGAAGAUUCACGAGCCACUGGACCAGGGCAACUGUGCAGCUUCCUGGGCUUUCUCAACUGCAGCUGUGGCCUCGGACAGAAUCUCCAUCCAGUCGAUGGGUCACAUGACUCCUCAGCUCUCGCCCCAAAACCUUAUUUCCUGUGACACGCGCAACCAGGGAGGCUGCGCCGGGGGCCGCAUCGAUGGAGCCUGGUGGUACCUCAGGCGUAGAGGAGUGGUGACGGAGGAGUGCUACCCCUACCGAUCCCCGCAGCAGACGCCAGCAGAGGUGGGACGCUGCAUGAUGCAAAGCCGCUCCGUUGGCCGGGGGAAGAGGCAGGCCACGCAGCGCUGCCCCAACUCACAGAACUACCAAAACGACAUCUACCAGUCCACGCCGCCAUACAGGCUCUCCUCCAGCGAUAAAGAGAUCAUGAAGGAGAUUAUGGAUAAUGGCCCUGUGCAAGCUAUUAUGGAGGUCCACGAGGACUUCUUUGUCUACAAGAGUGGGAUCUACAAACACACUGACGUCAGCUUCACCAAACCUCCACAGUACCGCAAACACGGAACACACUCAGUCAGGAUCACUGGGUGGGGAGAGGAAAGAAACUUUGAUGGGACGUCAAGAAAAUAUUGGAUCGCUGCCAACUCCUGGGGAAAGAACUGGGGAGAGAGCGGUUACUUCCGAAUCGCUCGCGGGGAGAACGAGUGUGAGAUCGAGGCAUUUGUGAUCGGAGCCUGGGGCAGGAUCACGAUGGAGGACAUGAAAAACCACCAGCACCACCAUCGUCGUCGACACAUUUAAAGACACAACAGAUAUAUAUAUUUUUUAAAUCUUAUCUAUAGUCUGGUGUUACCCCAGAGGAGAACCACAUCCAGAGUCUGAGAACUUCAUCACUCCCCUUGUCCACCAGGCUGGAGGGGGGGGUGACGAUGACACCAAAUCCAGCCCCAGAGCCCCUGAAUCUUCUCCUUUCUCACCUCACUUCUACUCUGGGGAUUAAUACAACUCCUCCCCUCCUCCGUCUUCAACCUUUAAAGAGAGCGACCUUCCCCUCUUCUCCCGCAACUCAAGGUUUAUGGCACCAAAAACAGAGAAACUAAGCUCCAGUGCUUUAAAGUUGCCUCACAAUGAAGCACCUCAGGUACCGACUGCUCCAAAGACUUCCCAGAAACCUCAGUCAUUUCCGGUGAAGCCAUGCUCAUGUCACGUAGGUUGAUGACACAAGGAGAAGCUCAAUGUGAUGCUUUCAAGAGUCAACCUGAAACCUUAGCCGUCUGCAGCCAUACAUGCUAGAAUCCAGAGGGACGCGGUCACAGAGGGACUGUGUAGAAACGAGGAAACGCGAGAGACAGAUUAUUAGAAAUCAGACCCGUUCAGAGGGACACACCCAGCUUAACCUGGUAAUGUGAUAACAUGUCACUGAUCUUAGAGGACACCUACGUUUAGAGUUAGUUUCUCACACAUUCCAGUACAAUCGGAGAAUCCAGCAGAGGAAACAUGAGGUGACUUCAAAUAAUCAAAUACCGUUAGAUAUUUUGACGCACUGUGAUGGGAAGGACAGCGUCAAUGGUUACACAUGUUUCUUCUGUUAUUCGGCUGCAGGUGAAUCCAACAAUUAAAGACAUCAUGCUGUUCUUUUCUGACCCCAGGGCACCAGUCAUCAAAGAAAUAAAAACACUGAAGCGUCAAAAAAAGAAAAAAAAAGAAACCACAGUUGUAUUGACCACUGCAAAAGAAGGUGAUUGUGAAUAGGUGUCUUAAAAAUGCUUUUUUCUGUGUACAAUGUUACAAUUCGAGAUCAAGUUGUUGUUUUGUUUUUUUGCCAAGGUCAUAUAUUAAAGUUUUAUUUUACUACUCAUGUUUUAAAUGUACUGUAUCUAGUAACUUUCACAACACACACAUCACUCAGCUGCUUUUCUGCUUCUGCUUAGCUGUAACUGUUCAGGAGGAGAAGGAGGAGGGGAAGCUGCUGCUUAAUCCAGUCAGUCCUACAAUAUGUCUGACUUUAGUUUUAACGCGUUUCACAUGUAAUAAACAUGUAAAGCCACUUCUCAUUGGUGCUGAACAAACGCUUAAUGUCACGCAGGUUGCCGAUAAACUGUAUAGCAUGUUAAUAGUCUCAUUUUCAAUUUGGUUUUGUUUUCGCGUUCUGCUGGAAAUCGAACAUGCUCCGACUCAUCGGCCCUGCUACUGUGUCAUAGCUCUUUGUGAUGUCUUCAUUUCAGCAUGCUUGCAGGCUCAUUGAGGGACUUUCACAUCGUUUUCGAGCACAGCCUCACUUGAAAAGGAAAACAUGCUAUAUUAUUACCACUUACUUUAAAUUACAUCCCAGUGUGACUCAACUGUAACUUCAAAAAGAGCUUUUCUAUUUCUCUAUCGGCAGCACUUGUGAUCUUUCAGGUCCUUACAUAGUCUCCUUCAGGCAUGGAUAGGUAGAUGGACGUAAAAGCAAAGAGAGAUGUUCGGAUGGUCACACAUUGUGUAAUGUGGUGGGGGCGGCUAUGGAUGGGUGAAAGUGGUUUGUGCAUAUUUCUCAUGCAACAUACUGAGUGUUUGCUUUCGGAUUGAUAUGAGCAAAGGCAGAGAAGGGAACCAGAGUGAUCCAUCAACAUGAGAUGCCCAACAGGUUUACAAUAAAUGACAAAACACAGAGAAUUAUGUGAAACAUCAGCAGUCUGAGGAGGAGAAGCUUCAAAUUUAUGUUUUCCUGUACUGGUUCCUUUGGUUACGAGACUGGUUAAGAGAUGAAGAGUCAUUUACACCGAGCAUUUCAUGACCUAUUUGGAAAAACCAAUGCUGUGUUCCUCAAUGCACCUUAACAGGGGAAGUGUAGUUGCAAACAGGGUAACUGAUGUGGAUCAGGGCCUGAGAAGAGCAGACAACUUAGUUUUCAUUCACAUGUUAGUUGAAUCUGACCAAAGCUGGAAUCUUAUUUCAUUUCCACUGUGCAGAGACAUCUUGUUGUCAGUGUUGGUUUGUUUUGCCGACACAGCAUUGAAUAGCUUUACCUAUGUAAAAGGAUAGUACAUGCUACGUUACUUAUGACUAUUUCAUCAGCAGGUUCAGAUGGGACCAAUAACAAUAGAUAUUAUCUGCAAGACCUGUCCUUAUCGAUUCAUAUCAUAGAUAUUAAUGUUAACUUCAGCUAAACAGUUUUCUCCAACCACACAACCUCUCCUCUAAUCCCCCCCCCCCCACACACACACACACACACACCCACCCCCACAGAGCUGCAGCAGACAUCUGCUCACAAGUUGUGUAUUUUAUGUAAAAUGAACCACUUAGUCACUGAUGUGUAGACUUUAUUUAUGACGAGAUGCGUAAAUUAUAUAUACUUUUAUUCUUUUUUGUUUUCCCUGUGCAAUGUCUACUAUCGCACUGUCUCUUUGUAUCUCAUGUAUUGUGUGCACCAAACGCAAAUACCACAUUAGUGUUCACUUGUGCAGCACAAUAAAGUCUUUUCUGAAACAGCU